UCAAGCAAAGCAAGAGAAGGCACAUUGGCCCCUCCUUGAAAAUUCCUACCUCAUAUCUCACUCAAAGAAAGAAACAAAGAAAGCAGCAAGCAAUGGAAUUCAACACUUCAACUCCCUCUGCUUCUUCCCCUCCACUUUCAAUAUCCCAGCUAUCUUCUCCGACUGCCUCAUUUCCCUCUCCUAAUAAUCCUCUCCAGUUAUCUAAUUUAUCUUCUCCUAAUUAUGCUGUCAAGAAUAAUAAUAGUAUUAUUAACACUAGUAUUAAUAAUCCAACCUCUCCUUCACCACCACCACCACCUGUUGUUCUUAGCCCAUGUGCUGCCUGCAAGAUUCUUCGGCGGAGGUGCGCGGAGAAGUGUGUUUUAGCUCCAUAUUUCCCUCCUACGGAGCCCCUCAAGUUCACUAUUGCCCACAGAGUCUUUGGAGCUAGCAACAUCAUCAAGCUCUUGCAGGAGCUUCCAGAGUCUCACAGAGCAGAUGCAGUGAGCAGCAUGGUUUAUGAAGCCAAUGCCAGAAUCAGAGACCCAGUGUAUGGCUGUGCAGGAGCAAUUUGCCAGCUCCAGAAACAUCUCAGUGAGCUCCAAGCCCAACUGGCCAAGACACAAGCUGAGCUUCUCAACAUGCAAUGCCAGCAGGGCAAUUUGAUUGCCCUAAUUUGUAUGGACAUGACACAAUCCAAAGACCCCAUUUUGCAGCAGCAGCAGCAGCAACAGUCUUACCUUGACACAAGCUGCUUUCUGGAUGAGACCAAUUUGGGCACAGCUUGGGAGCCUCUGUGGACAUAAACAGUCAUUUGGGUCAUGGUUGAUGUUACAUUUAAGCUUAACCUCCAAUUGCGGACGAGACAUUGAAAAAUAUACUUUGAAAAUUUCUUCA